CAGAUUUCAACAUUUGAAUUACACCAGAACAUACAAAAUUAAUUCUGAAAUUGUUCUUUAUAUGUAACUAAUCGGUGCCAUUCUGCACUUGACACAGUGACAAUCGCAAAUAAAUUGGCUCUGUAGCAUAUUCGAAUAUUAUAUAUGCACGGAUGCACGCACGCAUGCGCAUUUAUGCACGGCCGACAUUUAAACAUAGAUGCGAGUACAUGCUGUUAAGGUUGGCAACCUCUGUUUCAAGUUCAACUUCAUUACUGUAACAACCAUUGCAACGAAUGUGAUUGACUUCGACAACCAUUGAAACAGAUUUUCAUAAAUUGAACUGAAAACAUUUGGCAAAACUUUGAAAUCCAUUUAAUAUUGUAAGACAUUUUGCUCAGAUAGAAAUUUGCUCUUUUAUGCGUUGUGCCGUUUACCACAAUCAUUAUCAAAAUUUUACAUUUAAGACAAUAUAUUUUUAUAUCAGCAAAAUUGUACUUAAAUCAAAAAUUCUUAGACAAAAUGAUUGGACGUUUAUUUCGAGCACAUGGCGAAUUUUGUGCCUCACAUCCCUGGGAGGUAAUUGUUGCACUACUGACAGUGACAGCAUGUAUGCUGACAGUUGACAAGCAAGCCGGUACCAUCAGCGCCGAGGGUGCGGUGGGUACAACAACAGCAACCACAGCAGCAACAGCCUCAACGAUACAACAACAAAGUGGGACAACGCCCUCGGUCACAUCUAGUCGACAUCGACCGUGUCACGGCUGGAGCCAGUCAUGUGAUGGCCUGGAGGCUGAGUACAAUGCAGCCGAUGUCAUACUCAUGACAAUUGUGCGUUGCACUGCAGUCCUCUAUUGUUACUAUCAGUUUUGUAGUUUGCAUAAGCUCGGCUCCAAAUACAUAUUGGGAAUUGCUGGACUUUUUACGGUUUUCUCAAGUUUCAUAUUUACAACGACAAUAAUAAAGUUCCUUGGUAGUGAUAUUUCCGACUUAAAAGAUGCUCUAUUCUUUCUUUUAUUACUAAUCGAUCUUUCGAAUUCGGGAAGACUUGCACAGCUCGCGCUGGCUGGCAAUAAUCAAGCGGAAGUAACGCAUAAUAUAGCGCGAGGAUUAGAAGUGCUUGGACCAGCAAUCUCAUUAGAUACUGUAGUCGAAACUUUAGUUAUAGGUGUGGGCACUCUUUCGGGCGUACAGCGUCUGGAAGUUUUAUGCACAUUUGCUGUUAUGUCUGUCUUAGUCAAUUAUAUUGUAUUUAUGACUUUUUAUCCGGCUUGUUUGUCGCUUAUAUUGGAUUUAUCACGAAAUGGUAUGGACAUGACGAUAGUGCGUGCUAAAGAUUCCAUAAUAUUAAAAGCGCUAAAUGAAGAAGGACAAAAAGCGAACCCAGUAGUACAACGGGUUAAAAUAAUCAUGACCACUGGAUUAAUGAUUGUUCACAUAUAUAGCCGUAUGGUAUUUUCCAGUAAUGAUUACGAUGCUGUGGACAAUACAUUAACACCAAAACUCAAUUUAAAUGUAAAUAACAAUCGACACAAUCAACAACAACGCAUUGUAUUACGAAGCAACAACACCAAUAACAACAACAACAGCAGAACAGCAAAACAUCACUACACAACAGCCAGCAAUGAAACACAAGAGCAUUAUCAACAAACGUUAAGUGGCGGCGGACAACGCGAAUAUGUGUGCAAAAAUUUUACACGAAAAAAGAACAACAAUGACAACAACAAAAUUUGCCAUUAG